AAUAUAAUAAUAUAAGCCUCUGCUUUCGAGUUCGGUUGCUUUUUCCUCACAACCCGCAGCUAUCGGAUCGGUCCCUUCCUGCUGGCAGCAUAUGGGCGAUCGCAGUCGCCGCCUCGACUCCCCUCAUGGGCCCAUUAUGAUAUCCAUGCAGCGCACCCCUUCGUCGCCCGUCGCCAUUCAUCCGUCGCGUAUGUUGGAAAGUCAGCACCGCCCUAUGGACAUCGCAGUGCUAACGUGUCCUGCUUCUGCCGCAGCCCGAUCGGCCCCCGCUUCCACGACGUCCCGGUCGCCAACGCCAUCUCCACCCGAUAACCAUGCCGCGGUCGCGCGUUCCCGACGGUUGCGCUCGAGGAGCCCGUCCCGCGCCAACCGGGACCCAAUGAACGGCCCAGCGCGCCGCACCGAUGACCUGCCCCGACACCCUUCCGUCCUCCACAUGCCGAGCCCGUCCUCGGCUCGCAGCAAGCCCAUCGUCGACCAGCCGAGCGCGCAGCUGACGACGCCCGCGCCAGGGGAUUCGUCUGAGAGCCUUGAGACGGCAGGGUUCCCCGAUUCCUUGCCGGAUGACAAGCGCAGUAACAUGAAGUUCUUGCGGCCACUGCUGACCGAUGUGUCACUGUACACAAACCCCAACCUCGGUCCGGAGAAUGAGGAGGGUACAACAUUGGAGGAGCUGGCGCACCUUGUGCGACUUUCCAAGUACCAGGAGCGCAAGCGCGCAAACACCCGGAUCCGACUUCAGAGAAGUUUGGUAUCCACUGCCUUGUCCGCCCGUCUGAUGCGAUGUGGUGAGAUGGCCCACCGCAAUCUGGUCGAUGGCUUCCGUGGAGAUGACAAGAAGACAUUUGGUGCCUUGUAUAACGCCGUCAUUGAUGUUCGGAGAAGCUGCGACGAGACGCGCCGUUACGCGCUGCUCGAGCCAGAGAUGGAACUUCUGCAGCCUCCCGGCGCCGCCUCGUCCGAGGGUUUGGAUACGCCCACCGGGUCUGUCGCCGGGUCCAGCGCGCCUUUCAACUCCGUUACGCCCUUCCUAAACGAGAUCUCUGCUUCGGCCCGGGAGACCUUUUUGCAUUUUCUGAGCCAGAUUAGGACAAACCCAGAUUACUUGGCCACGCGCAUCGCGUCCCUCAAGAACUCGGAACUAGCGGCUCUGACUAGCUUCCACCAGACGCUCGAGCCCAUCGAGUCUGUCCUUCCCUACCACGGCCGGUCAUCUAGUCGCAACCCUUCCGGAAGUACUUCCGGUGGAGCCGGGGGAGGAGCGGGCAAGGAACGCAGCGCUAUUGAGCGGCUGCUCUCUUUUCAGCGCCAUGACCCCAUCUCAGCCCUCAUCUUUACCUGCUUUGCUAAUUCUGCAGGCCCCGACAGCGAUGAAGACAAGCGUCGGACCGUGACGUGGGCCAAUACAUGCGCGCGCCUCAUCUCCGCGCAGACGACGGGCAGUGAGCAGACCGUCAUUUCGGUGCUCAAUGUCUGGGUCUCAAUGCGUGACUGGGCCGGAAGGUCCAACAUGGAAUGGUACCUGAUGAAGAUCCUCGAGGACGGAGCCUUCCUGCUCGACCGUGCCGAGGACCAGCACGGCACUCGCUUCAACCUCUCUGAUUGGUCGUCCAAGGACCAGAUCGCCGCCGACGAGUUCUACACCCGGGCGGUGGAUGAGCUGUUCGAGGUCAUUGACGACGAGGACGCCACAGGCAUCCCGGAGGGCCUGCUGGAACUGGGAAACGAAAUUCUCAAGCGCCUGGAAAGGAGAUAUGUCGAGAGCACCCGCAAAUGGCUGAUCGCAAAGUACAUGUUCACCGUCUGGCUCCUUGGCGUCGUCAUCCACCCGGAGGCCUACGGCAUGAUGGCCGAGUACCAUAUCACCGAGUAUGGCCGCCAGAAGAUCCUCAAAACCGUGGCCAUGCACGCCCAGAAGUACGUUGUGGACAUGCUCCAGAGCGUGACUCCGGUCUCAACUCCGCCCAAGAUUAAAGGCCACAUCGAGAGCAUAUACAGCCGCUUCAAGGAUCCCUCCCAGGUUCGGAAGAAGCCCAGACUCUUGCCGGCACGGUCCAUUACAUCCCUUAGACAGACGGCCGAGGUCCGGCCGUUCUUGGUCAUCAGCCCAGCGGAUCUUGCUACCAUGGUCAAUGCCCUAUUCCCUGAGCGCAGACCCCGGUCGGCACACUCGAGCGGCCUACGGUCUGGCGCGCCCUCCGUUUCCGGAUUCUCUGCCAUUUCGCAGCCCAUGUCCAUCAGGACGGCGCCAAGCACAUUUGAUAGCAUGUCCGUCCUCAGCACGAGCGCAGAGUCUUCAUUCAGCGACGCCACUACUUCCCGGGAGCCCCUCUUGGAAGAAGAAUGUAGCCCGCGCCGCCAUUCCCCGGCCGCGCAAGUAGCCGCCGCCGAGAAGCCAAACAACUACGAGGAAGACGGGUACCGCUUGCGGCUCGCAAUGGACGAGAUGACGCAGGUCCUGGGUCAGGAGGUCGUCAACGGCUCGUGCCACCCGUGCGCUGAGAGAUGGUCCGUCCUGUUCAUAUCCAGCGAUGGUAACAAGCUGUCGACCCACAUGAUGUUUGACCCAGACGAUGACCUCGAGGACGAGGAGAACUCUUCAAGCACUAGUGACACCGAAGGUGAGGAGACGGAUGAGGGGCGCCCGGAGCUCAACAAGGAAUACCACCAAUUGCGCGACUCUAUCCUGAAGCUGGUUCAGGAAUACGAAAUCCCCCAGGAGCUGGAAAGCGGCGCCACCAAGCAGCAGACCUUCAGCAACCGUGCUUCGACCCUGAAGAAGUACCGCAGUAAAAACAACCGCGUCAUCACCACUAUGGGCAGCCGGAAUCCUUACCGCCAAAGGGCCGCGAGCAUCGCUAGUAGUCUCGCCGGGAGCCCUCCGAAGAGUGCCAAAGGAAAAGAAAACGAAGAGGACGGAGAGAACUCGUCUCCACUCAUAACCAUGUUAACCGCCGCCUGCUCGCAGUCCCGGGCUCAAUCCGAUUUUGUCAGCGCUCACCUUUAUUGGAGGACGCUGCAGCAGCUGAAUUCCUUGACGUCCGAGUCGUUGCGUCGCAACGGCUUUGCCGCGCUGCUCAACAUCUUCUCCCGUGGCCCGCGCGACUCGAUCCGGCGGUCCGCAGCCGCGAUCGAAGAAUACGACGCCUGGCUGGUCUGGCUCAAGCAGAGCCAGGAGCGGGCCGAAGGCUUAAUUGAGAGCAUGAUGCGCCGCCUGCGGGCGUUGCGCGACAAGAUGUGGUACGUUACGGACGUGCGCAACUCGGCGCCGUACGAGGACUCGAGAAACGUCGCAGUAGCAUUGAAGACGAUGGGCCAGCCGCGCCGGUGGUCUUCCUUCCAGCGCAUCAAGAAUCACAUGCAGCGGGGCCCUGCCUCGAACUACAUAUUCAGGACGGAGUCCCAGGUCCUUGACCUCCUGGCAGCGCCAGAGGAACAGGGGGGGCCGAACAAACUUCGCGAUGAGCAAGCCGAGAAGACCGCUCGGUGGUUGCAGCAAUACGGGGUGGAGAACUUCUGUCAAGGCGAAGAGCGUAUCCACCGUUUUUGCUGUGAAGUGGACAAUUGUGUCAGCAAACUGGUCGGCGACAGCAUCAUCGACGGCCCGGUGCUGUGGUCGAGCGAACUCUAUGCUCGGGACCGACGGGCGUUUGAGACAAGCAGCAAGGCCCAGCGAGACCGAGAUCGUGACAAUCAAUCCGUAUCAUGGGACGACUCAAUUAGCGUCGUCAGCGACCCCGACAGGAGGUUCGUGUCCGUCAGCCGGCCGGGCUCGAUCAAUAGCAGGGAUUUGCGGACCAUAUCGGGGGGCAACAUGAGCCAGAUGUCCUUCGAGUCGAGCCGGUUCAGCUUCUCCCGCGCUAGCACGGCCAUGUCCGAGGCCGCAGACGGGUCCGAGUACUUCGGCGCGUCCUCCCCGGUCCAUCAAAUCGAUCCCAAUGCGACCUUCUGGUCACCCUUUCAACACCGGGCUACGUCCCCAACUGCCACCUCCCGAGCGCAUUCGCCGACAACCAGCAUGACAAAUCUCUCGGGCUCGUUUUAUCCUCCGCAUCACCAGACACUCCCGUCGCAGGCCCAAUCAAGCAUCCGCUCCGGCGCAUCCGUGUCAUCCAAUGAGACGGUCUACCAACAGCGGCAGUCCGAAGAGAAAGCUCGCUUCCUCGCCGAACUGAGACAGACUUUGACCAGCCUCCUUCUCUCUGAUCUAGGUAACCUUGUUUUUGCUCGCGGAUCGGAAACGGACGCGUGGUUCGAGGGCCUAGGUCAAGAGUGCAUCGACCGCCGAGAGGCAAUCCAACGCCGUGCGCGUAAAGCGCAGGCCAAGGAGAAACGCAAGUCUGCCAAGUCGAGCCUGAAGCAGAGAUUUCUCGAGCAGAACCGAAGCUUCGGUGACCUGCGCGGAACCGGUGGCAAUGACGCCAUGAGUGACAAGGCGCUCUCCGACACGCAGAGCCUGGGGCCGGAAGGGGCCGGCGGCAGUCAGCGUGGGAGCCAAAGGGGUAGCCAUCGCGGCAGCAUUCAUGACAAUGAGAGCACGGCGACAAGCGACACCAUCUCGGCCCGGAAACACAACAACCACCAAGAAUCGAAGAAGGAAGCCAUGCCCGACUUUCCCUUUACCAAGGCGUAUCAGCGCCUGCUCAAGAUGUUUUGCGUCCAUCCGAACCCUUACGUCAAACUCAAUGCUCUCUGCGAGCUGGAACACCUGAUCGUCGCGUCUCUCAGCUCCGGCUCCCGGCGGGCUCGGCUGGCGUGGGCUCGUUCCGAGCUGGGCUCGGCGUCCUCUGCCACCGAGGAACCCGGCGUCGGAGCCGCGGGAGGCCGGUCGCAACCUCUCGAGGAAACGAUCGAUAACGUCAAAGAGCGCCGUUCGCAUACACUGAUGCAAGCACCUCCCUUUGGCUCAAGCGGCCACGCUCAAACGGGCCGAGUCUCUGGCGGAGCAGGUAACAACGAGACCCGCUCCAUUGCCUCUGCCUACCCGGCCAACACGGAUGCGGUCGCCAACAUCCUCCAAGCCCUCUUCCGCGAUCCGUCGCUCCGCCCCAAGACCCUCUUCCGCGACCUGCAAUUCAUCUCGGCCUUCUGUUCCCCCUCCGUUCUCGACAAGACCGAGCGCGGCAAAGCUUUCUGGGAUGCCGCAAUCGCCGCCCUCAGCCUCAAGCAGGAGGUCUGCCGCACCAUGGUCGAGGUCGCAGACGAGAUUGUCAAGAACUACACUCAGUCUCGCAACAGCAGCACAGCCGCCAGCAACAGCAACAUCAACAACAACACCAACAACAGCAAUAAUCACCACCGUGCGGGAAGCACCGCAUCCGACUCGGCGGCAGCGACCCCCACAAACGAGUUUCCUCCGCACUCCCCCUCCCCUCCCCCAUCGCCGCCCUCCCCCUUACCGCUCACUACACACUCGCUGGCCGACGCCGCGCGCAUGUGGACCAUCACCGCGAAAGAGGGCGAUCCCACGGCGCAGCGCGAGCUUGCCAUCUUCUACCUGUCCAACCCGGAGCUGGUGCAGCGCACCACGCUGCCGCUGUCGAAGCCGCGCGAGGUUUUUAAGCAGGCGGUCAUGGAGAAAUAUGGCGGUAGCAGCGGAGGAAGAUACGGACAUGGGCAUGGGCACGGACAUCACCAGGGAGGAGGAGUUGGCGGCAGCAGUGGCAGUGGACAAGGCGGGAGCGGCGAUGGUGUCGGCGGUGGGAUGGACGAAGGUGGUGGCGCCGGGGCGGGCAGGUUAGGGGACGUAAGGAGCGAUCCGGCGUUGAUGUGCGUGGCUAUUCACUGGAUGGAGGCGGCGGAGAGAGGCGGAGAUGAGUUGGCCCGGACGUUCAUGGCCCAGAACGAGAUGCGAGGGUGAGGGGUGUUUUGGAGGGGGGGUAUAACGGUGUGGUCAAUGACUGGAUGGUUGUUGAAAGUGUUCUUGGUUUUUUUUUUUUUUUCUUAUUUUUUGUUGGCUUGGAUGUUGGCUUCUUUC